AGGACGAAGCGAUCGAUUUCGGUAGCAGUUUCUCGUGAAGUAGAGAUUGCGAAAAAUCAUCAAGUACACGGAUUAGCAGAAAGAUUUACGGUAACACGCGCUGUUAGUUAAUCUAAUAUGGAGCGUAAUUAAGGAUUAUGAAUGCCAUAAUAAUGACUAACUUCUUGUGGUUGUACUUAAGUCAUACCUUUACACUUUAAGGUUUACGUUUAAGGCCAAUUAAAUAUGUAAGUUGCAUAAUAUUUCACUAUCGGAGUGUUUUCGAGUUUAAUUGCUAGGCAUUUAUUUCUACGUUUCUUUUUUUUUUUUUUUUUUUUUUAAUUUCAAUGGUUCCCGGUACCGGAAGAUUCCGUGACGAUAGUCGUCGACUCACUGGAUCAGAGGUUUAACGAAUUCUGAUUUCUUUUUCUUUUUCUCUCCUUUCUUUCUCGUUGAAAGAAAAUUUUCUGGCAGACGAUUCGCCUCUCGAAGGAACGAGAGCUUGACAAAUCACCAGUCGUUUGUCACAGCUCCGACUUUGAGGUUCGACGAACAUUCUCUCUAGCCUCUUACUUACAAAACGAUGAAAUAUUAACGAAGUAUCCUUUCAGUCUCCGUUUCUUUUCCCUUUUUUUCUUUUCUUUAAUCUCGGUUAAUUAUCGAGGAAAAAUUCGAACGCGUAAUCAAUUGGUUCUGCAAUUUUUUUUCUCCGAUUGACAGUUCAUUUCUGUAUCCAGCGUAUCGAACAAAGUCGACGAGAGGCCUGUGAGAUUGCGCAAAGGAACUGUUUGACGAACUCAUAUCGGAAAUCAGGUAUCGAGACCGCCUGUCGUUUCAUGGCUCCGGCAAGACUCUGCGCACCGGACCUUGGUCUCACUUUUGUGAUUAUUAUUUAAGUUAGACUUAAAGCGUACUUUGAGCGUACGCUAGGUUAGACUAGGCUUUUUACAAUGUUUCAUGUAUGUUUCAUGAAAAGGAAACUCCCUUUCAUUAUCAUUCUUCUGUCGCCGAUGAGAUUCUACGAGCGAAAGUAAUCAACGAAUUCAUACGUCGACGAUGCGAACAUAGCUAUAAAUAUUCGAGCGGUUGAUGAUAAAGAUAAAUAGAGCUCGUGAAUAUUCAGAGAAUCAAGCAUGGAGUGCAUUUAUACCAUCUCGCCCAACAACGACCAUGUACCCCUCGAUCCCGCAGGAGGGGAAAUUAACAGAACCGAAAGAGAAUUCAGUUCAAACGCUGGUUUGA